AUGCAUGCACGAAAUCAGGAUGGAGGAUCAAAUUUGGCUGUAAUUAACUCGGAAUGGCAACACUACCCAAAUGAUAGAAGAGUCGAUGUACUAACUUUCCCUUUCAAAUCUAGCAUCAGAGCUUCCACCCAACUUCAUUCAACUGAGUACUCACCUGCUGGCCACAGUACCUGGUGGGAACUAAUUGUUGCUCAAAGAUGUGCGAAAAAAGGUACUUGCUAUAAUGGCCCUGUUUUGCAUUGUAUUAUUUUAUGCUGCAAAUUACUAAGCAAGUUCAAAGAACAUGAACAGGUUGAGGGGAGGAAACCUUCGGUUGCAGAGGCGUUGAAGUGGCUGGCUAAGGCUCUUCGACCUUACAAAAAGGAACCUCCUUUAUCGGUACUACUAGCUAUAGCUGUGUGGAACCACAAUUGGAGAAGGGCCUGUAUCGGGUGUAUGCAUGCUUAUGGGGAAGUUGUUGAAGGUGAUAUUCUUGCCAUUGGAUCAGGUUCAGUAGAGGCUGAAUUAGAGGCUGAAUCAGGAGUGAGACUGUUGGGUAGAGGCAAAAUCCAGAUGUUGUCGGUCCCUCUAGUUGCAGAGUUGUGCAAAGGGGCGAUAUGCAGGGCUGCAGCUGUUGCUCCUCAUUAUGGAGCGGUUGCCAGUGGUAUGUUUUUCGUUCUCCUGGCCACUGUCUUCCUUGCCUGUUAG